AUGGUUCCACCUCUGUUCUCACAACCCCACCCCACUCUCUCACAGCUGUCCAUGUGGGACGAUGGAAUCGUCAUCGCGCCCCGUCGACUCGGAAACGCUUCCAUCCGAUUGGACGAUCUUCUGGAUGGCGAGACUCAUGAGCAGGAAGUUGCGCUAGAGGGGCCGGGAGGAGGAGCCACACUGAAGCUAGCAGUCCGCUACCGCAGCUUUGCAGAGCUAGCAGAGGAGGAGAGGCGGAGGUGGCGCCUGCCCUCUCUGGAAGACAUCUUCUCAGGCCAGCUCCCUCUGGUCUCCGGCUUUCAAGACGUCAUCACUUCAGCCUUGCAACCACCCUCCACCACACCUGCUGCCAAUUCCACCCCUGCUCCCACCGACGGCUCGGCUCCCGCUACCAGCCAACCGUCGCCGGCCAUUUCCACGUACGAGUUUGUCCGGGAGGAGCAGGUGAGGCAGGCAGUGGGGUUGGCGAGGGAGGUGCUACUCAGGGCAGGCUGGAUCCCGCCAGGUGGCACCCUGGACCAGCUCAGUCAGGCGGUAAUGAGUGGUACUGACAGUGGCACUGGUGCCUCUGGCAGCAGUUCAAGCAGCAGCAACAGUGAAUCCGCCCCUGCUGCUGCUUCUGGUGAGUUUGAUCUGGGCUCUGCUGCAUCAGCUGCAGCAGGAGGGUUGCUGGAGGGGGCAGCAGGCGUAGUGGCAGGGAGGAUAGAGCAGCGGCGAGCGGAGCUGAGGAGAAGCCUCACAGACAUGGGCAUCACCCUGCCCUGGUACGACCAGAAGAACGGGCAAGGGGCAGACGGACAGAGCAGCAUUUCUGAUGCAGCGGCAGCAGCAGGCGAUUUUCUGGAGGGGGCUACGAGUGCGUUGGUGGGGCGGAUAGAGCAGCGGCGAGCAGAGCUGAGGAAAAGCCUUGUGGACCUUGGGAUUAACCUGCCCUGGUACGACCAGAGCAGCGGGCAAGGGGCAGAUGGGCAAGGGACAGACAGGCAGGCAAGCCCCACUACAGAUGUCACUGCUUCCCAAGAGCCGUCCUCUUUCUCCUCCUCCCUGGAUGAUCUUCGCAAGGCUGCUUUCCGGCAGACUGAGGGGGUGCUGGGGUCGCUCGCCCUGCUUGGCAGCACAGCUGGCAGCCUACCAUUGGUCGAGGGGGAGAAGAAGAGUGUAGGAGCAGCUAAGUCCGAAGGGGAAACUGGUGGGGAGGAGAGUGAGGGAGCGAGAGAAGGAGCGAGUGAGGGAGUGAGUGAAGGAGCAAGUGAGGUAGUGAGUGAGGAGGAGACAGAAGAGGCGCUGCGCAUGUUUGGGAGUGCAGAGACGGCGGUGGAGGCAUGGACCAUGCUGGCGAGCUCACUCGGGCAGCAGACGUUUGUCAAGUCGGAGUUUGACAAGGUCUGCUUCGUGGACCACCCACAGUCCGACACUCAAGUGGCGGUUUGGAGGGACGUGCGGAGGAAGAGAAUUGUGGUGGCAUUCCGAGGAACUGAACAGACGAAGGCCAAGGACUUACUCACAGACAUCUCGCUCUCUCCGUCCAGCCUGGACUUCGAACGAACCUCAUCGGGCGAUUUCGACCAAGAUGUCAUGGUGCACGGUGGUUUCCUUGCUGCAUACGACUCUGUUCGCGCUCGCCUGCGCUCCCUCAUUGCCAUCAUCACCGACCCCAACCGCCCUGCACCACUCACUGCUCGUUCUGCUGAUGCUGAUGCUGGUGCUGAUGGGGACUCCUCAAUCCAUGCAGCUGACAGCCUAUCAGAGGGUGACACGUGGCGGGUGUACCUGACAGGUCACAGCCUGGGAGGAGCCCUGUCGACCCUCUUUGCCUACGAGCUCUCCCAGUCCAACCUGGUCAGGGAGCGAAACAUCCAUCUCACCAUGUACAACUAUGGCUCCCCUCGCGUGGGCAAUGCGGCCUUCGUUGCCAGAUUCAACGUGUACAUGAGAGACAGCUGGCGCAUUGUGAAUCGUGCUGACAUUGUUCCCACAGUGCCCAAGCUAAUGGGGUACCGCCACGUGUGCUGCCCUGUCUACCUCAGCCCAGGAGGGCCCUCAGGUGACCUUCAGUCGGAUGCAUCACAGGAGCAGCUAGGAGUGGAUGAUGGGUAUGCAGCCGAGGUGGUGGGGGAGGCCAAUGCCAACGACAUUCUAGAAGACUAUAUGAAGGGCGAGCGGAGGCUGAUCGACCGGCUGUUACAGACGGAGGUGGCGAUUCUGUCUGCAUUGCGGGAUGGGUCUGCCAUCAUGAUGCGCAUGGAGGACUUUUAUUACAUCGCGCUGCUCAAG